CACCACCAAAUGAUGACAAAAAGCACCAACAAACAAUAACAAAAAGCACCACUAAACGACAACAAGAAGCACUACCAAAUGAUGACCAAAAGCACCACCAAAUGAUGACCAAAAGCACCACAAAACGACAACCAAAAGCACCAACAAAUGACAACAAAAAGCAUCAACAAAUGACAACAAAAAGCACCAACAAAUGA